AGCUCCAGCUCCGCGCGCCGCGGCCGCCAGAGCCGGCGCAGAGGAAGCGCCCGCGGCCCCUGGCGCCUAAGCGGCCACCUCCUUCCGCGCCUCCCGGGCCCGCAGCCCGCGGUCCCGCGGCCCCGGGCCGGCACUUCUCGGGCUCCGGCUCCCCGCGCGCAAGAUGGCUGACCCGGCCGCGGGGCCGCCGCCGAGCGAGGGAGAGGAGAGCACUGUGCGCUUCGCCCGCAAAGGCGCCCUCCGGCAGAAGAACGUGCACGAGGUGAAGAACCACAAAUUCACCGCCCGCUUCUUCAAGCAGCCCACCUUCUGCAGCCACUGCACCGACUUCAUCUGGGGCUUCGGGAAGCAAGGAUUUCAGUGCCAAGUCUGCUGUUUUGUCGUGCACAAGCGGUGCCAUGAAUUUGUCACCUUUUCCUGCCCGGGCGCUGACAAGGGCCCAGCCUCUGAUGACCCCCGGAGCAAACACAAGUUCAAGAUCCACACAUACUCCAGCCCCACGUUUUGUGACCACUGCGGGUCAUUGCUCUAUGGACUUAUCCAUCAGGGGAUGAAAUGUGACACCUGCAUGAUGAACGUCCACAAGCGCUGCGUGAUGAACGUCCCCAGCCUCUGCGGCACGGACCACACGGAGCGCCGCGGCCGCAUCUACAUCCAAGCCCACAUCGAGAGGGAGGUCCUCAUUGUUGUCGUAAGAGAUGCUAAAAACCUUGUACCUAUGGAUCCUAAUGGCUUGUCGGAUCCUUAUGUGAAACUGAAACUGAUUCCUGAUCCCAAGAGUGAGAGCAAGCAGAAGACCAAGACCAUUAAGUGCUCCCUCAACCCUGAGUGGAACGAGACAUUUAGAUUCCAGCUGAAGGAAUCGGACAAAGACAGGAGACUGUCUGUAGAGAUUUGGGAUUGGGAUCUGACCAGCAGAAAUGACUUCAUGGGAUCUUUGUCGUUUGGGAUUUCUGAACUGCAGAAAGCUGGUGUUGAUGGCUGGUUUAAGUUACUGAGCCAGGAGGAAGGCGAGUACUUCAAUGUGCCCGUGCCGCCGGAAGGCAGUGAAGGCAACGAGGAACUGCGACAGAAAUUCGAGAGAGCCAAGAUCGGUCCUGGGCCCAAGACUCCUGAAGAAAAGACGACCAACACCAUCUCCAAAUUAGACAACAACGGCAACAGGGACCGGAUGAAACUGACCGAUUUUAACUUCCUGAUGGUGCUGGGAAAAGGCAGCUUUGGCAAGGUCAUGCUCUCAGAGCGAAAAGGCACAGAUGAGCUGUAUGCCGUGAAGAUCCUGAAAAAGGAUGUGGUCAUCCAAGAUGAUGACGUGGAAUGCACGAUGGUGGAGAAGAGGGUGCUGGCCCUGCCCGGGAAGCCGCCCUUCCUGACCCAGCUGCAUUCCUGCUUCCAGACCAUGGAUCGCCUGUACUUCGUGAUGGAGUAUGUGAACGGUGGUGACCUCAUGUACCACAUCCAGCAAGUGGGCCGGUUCAAGGAGCCUCACGCCGUAUUUUACGCUGCAGAAAUUGCCAUCGGUCUGUUCUUCUUGCAGAGCAAGGGCAUCAUUUACCGUGACCUGAAACUUGACAAUGUGAUGCUGGAUUCCGAGGGCCACAUCAAGAUCGCUGAUUUUGGCAUGUGUAAGGAGAACAUCUGGGAUGGGGUGACAACCAAGACCUUCUGCGGCACCCCAGACUACAUCGCCCCUGAGAUAAUUGCUUAUCAGCCCUAUGGGAAGUCCGUGGAUUGGUGGGCAUUUGGCGUCCUGCUGUAUGAGAUGUUGGCUGGGCAGGCACCGUUUGAAGGGGAGGACGAGGAUGAACUCUUCCAGUCGAUCAUGGAACACAACGUGGCUUAUCCGAAGUCCAUGUCCAAGGAAGCUGUGGCCAUCUGCAAAGGGCUGAUGACCAAACACCCAGGCAAACGUCUGGGUUGUGGACCUGAAGGUGAACGCGACAUCAAAGAGCACGCAUUUUUCCGGUAUAUUGACUGGGAGAAACUUGAACGCAAAGAGAUUCAGCCCCCAUAUAAGCCGAAAGCCUGUGGGCGAAAUGCUGAAAACUUCGACCGAUUUUUCACCCGCCAUCCACCAGUUCUAACACCUCCUGACCAGGAAGUCAUCAGGAAUAUUGACCAAUCAGAAUUCGAAGGAUUUUCCUUUGUUAACUCUGAAUUUUUAAAACCUGAAGUCAAGAGCUAAGUAGCUGUGUAGAUUUCCGUCCUUCAUUUCUGUCAUUCAAGCUCAACGGCUAUUGUGGUGACAUUUUUUUUUUCAUUGCAAAGUUGCAUUCAUGUUUUGUUUGCUGAUGAAACUAGAGUGACCAUGUUUCGGGACCCAAAUGUCCUCAGGUAGUUUUGGAGCAUCUCUGUGAGAUGGGAUUAUGCAGAUGGCAUGUUGACAAUGUGGCUGCAUAAUUAGCACAUUAUCAAAGUCCUUGUAGCAUUUAUUUUCCCCAGCAUGUCAGCGAUGUAGAUCCAGCGGGGACAGAACAUGCCUGCUUUCUCCCCCUUUUUCCUGCGCUGCCAUUUUCAUCCCUUUUCCAACGCCAACCAUCCAAUCUAGAUUUUUUUUUCCUGCCAAACAAGUGGAUAAUCAGAUGCUAGCAGUAUUCUCCCGUUUCCAGUCCUGGAGCUUGACUUGUAUCCAAGUAGAUGGUUGCUUUGCCUUAGGGGGAAUUUCCUCCAUUCUUCCUGGUUUGGAGGCCCCAGGAGCUUUGGGGAAAAAACAUGCUAAAAAUAAAAUUUUAUUUGUUUUUUUUUUUAACUCAAAAAUUAAGAAGAUUAUUUAAGUUCUUUUAAAGUUCCAAGAGUGUGCUUUUAGACAGUUUCAAUCUAAGGGCACCUCCAGGAGUCAUAACGCAACCAGCUUGGGUGCUACCUUAAUGCUGUAAUUUCUGGUUCCCUGUGUCCCCUGAUCACCUUCAUCCCCAAACUACUUGAACAGGGCAUUUGGACUCACUCCCUGAAAAGACAUGGUCACUUUAGCAAAGUCCCAAAGGGCCAUGGUUUUACAUUACAUUUCAAACUUUAUUUGCUUUGGGGUUUUAUUUCUGUUGUUCAAAUGCAAAAAAAAAAAAAAAAAAAAAAAGUUACUCACUUUUGUUACACAUGCUUUGAAAUACGUGUCCAGAUGUUAUUAACCACAAUGACCUGCUUUGAUUUACCGAGAAGACGGCUCUAGAGCCUGGCAGACCCAUGCCUGCUCGAAUGGGAUUUGUCUAGGUUUGUUGCUGGCUUCGAAAGCUAAUUAAGUGCUCUGAGAAAGACACCAUGUCUUGAAAGCAUAGACAGUUGUAUUCUUCACUUUGAUGUUGUUUUGCAAGAUGUUUGUGGAAAUGUUUGUAUCUGGAUAUCUGUUAUGUGCCAUUUUUCUUCUAGCAUCGAGAUACAAUAAAAAAAAAAAAAGCAAGAAAGAAGAAAUACUAUUUCAAGGAAAACGGCUGUCUAUGAAAAACAUGGACCCAAACUGCAGAAUGAGGCCUCCUGAGGCUUCAGGACAGAAAAAAUUAAAGCCAGAUCUUAAUCUUGGCCCCAGUGUUCAGCCAGUCAGAGAGACUGAAACUGUGGAUCCUUUAGGGACUCCUGGGGGCCUUUGAUGGGGUGGGAUGAGCUGGCUGGGGGGGGGUCUCAAUGAGAUCAGAACUCAAGGCCCACAUUCUCACCAGAGGCAAGUUUAGGGGCCAGUUAGGGGCAGGGCUGGGGCUGCUGAGUUUGUUUUCAAAAUCACUACGCCUCUCAGCUCAGACUCAUCCUUUCUAGCAAAUAGCUUCACGAGCCCCCAGAAGCCCAGGGAAACCCCUUGAUUGGGGAAAUUCCAUUUCCAUCUGAGCAGACGAGGACAGCAGGUGGUCCCCCAUCCCACCUCCUGUCCCCCGCUGUCCUUAGGCAGCCCUGAAGGCAACUCUUGUCACAAGUCAAGUGAUUUCCGCAAGCGCCAGGGCUUCUAAGAGACCAUCAAGGGAACUCAAAACACUUGACAAGUGUCCUUGAAGGGAGACUUCUCAUCUUUAAGAAAAUUGUGAUUUGAUUUCUUCUUGGGCAAAGCCCCCUGCUGUUCACUCCUUUCUGCCUGCUCGUCUCCUUGCUGGGGGCGUGGGGACCAUCCCUGUGGCCACUGUUGUGGGUCACAAUCUAGAUGUCAGAGGAAGCAGACGGGAAGCCCUAGCUCUCAGGCUUAGGAGGCAAGAGAAGGAGGAAAACUGGGGAAGACCCUCCUCAUUGUAUUGUUGGGAAACCGGCAUCAGGAAGGAGGAAGUGACUUGCCCAAAGUCAGCCAGUUGGAAUGCAAACCCAGUUUCCUGAAUCUCCGUACGGGUCUCCCUCCUCUGUGACUGCCGUCUCUGAGCCAUGCCCACCAACAGACAGGUUAUUUGAAGUCUUUCAUCUGGCUGUUGGGUCACCAAGCCUUUACUUGGAUAUACUCUCAGGAAGAUUAAAACCCAGGAGAAACAUUGGGUCAUCGACAAGUCAUUAGAGACAACUUUAGAGAACAACAUAGGAUGGGUGAAUAGAUAUAAAUAGAUAGGUAGAUAGAUAGAGAUAAAUAGAUAUAAAUAGAAAGAAUAUACUGUGUGUGUAUAUAUAUGUAUUAUAUUUACUGCACUCUACAUUUUCCAAAUUACUGACAUUAUUUUUCAAAAGUUUAAUAGUUUGCAGAAGUAGAUACUCAAGCCAAAGCCUCUGUUCCCCUAAUACACUGAGCUGAGAGUUGUUCAGGGAAGCCUUCUGUGAAAGGGAGGGAUCAUUAGAAUUCUUGCAGUUGCCUAUUCCAUCAACAUUUCAAGUGCAGAGGAGACUGGGAAGCAGAGCUUUCAACAGAUGUAAUCUCAGCGGAAUACUUUGCAAACACAUCCAAGAAAGAUUUUUAAAUUAAUUUUUGUGAUUGUGCAUGUAUUCCACCCUCCUUUCAUUCACCCAGCCAGCAUUUAGUGAGCACUGACUGUGUGCUGGACUCUAUCCUGGGUGCCAGGAGCAUGGUGGGGAGCAUGAAGAUGCAACCCAGGAAGGUAGUCAUUAAACAAGUCAUUAAAAGCAUGAUGUGAUCUAGAGAUAACUCAUCUCUAGGUUAAUCAGGGAAGACUUCAUUUAAGAAAGGAAGAGUCAUCAGAAGACUUUGGGGUUCUUUCUCUCUGGAGACCACAUUGGAGGCUAAAGGAGAUGCAGCAGCACCCUCUCGACCCAGAUUUAUGGUCCAGUCCUAUAGUGCCAAGGUGGGGAAAGAGAGAGAAGAGCUGGGGUGAGUUUCCUUCUACAAGGCCAAAGACACAGUCUCCAUACUUGAUGCCAUCACAGAAUCAUCAAGAUGUGAGCUGACAGAUGCCUGGGUGAUGAGAGGGAACUAGUUUCAGAACUCAGUUCGAAGUCGUUAGUCCAGAUUCCUGCAGGCAUUACCCUUUCGGGCCCUCAGGAGACACUGCCCCUGGCUUGACACCACCUGGUUCUUCUAGAUGAGAUAGCUUGAUGCUUUCCAGAAGAACUUAAAUUAGA